CAUCUACGAUUAACAGGCAUCUUCCUGUUCAGAAAGCUGAAGGACCUGUCCGAGUGGUGUAGCAAGGAGUUUGGCCAGCAAGUGGAAACAUCACCGCCGGAGACUUUCAUCGUGCAGAAAUACGUGGAGAACCCUUAUCUCCUGGCGGGCAGGAAAUUCGACCUACGUAUUUACACGCUGGUAACCUCGUUCCACCCUCUGAAGGUUUGGUUGGCCAGGGAGGGAUUCGCGCGGUUGUCCGGCGAGUUGUUCGACCUGGAGAACAUAGAUGAUAGCAGAGUACACUUGACCAACAUGGCCAUACAGUUGAAGACGACGCAAACAGGUGACGAUAAUAAACAGGAACCGAAGAAGGGUUGCAAGUGGGCUUUGACGAACGUUAGAGAGUAUUUAACUGCCAGGCACGGCCCCGACGCUGUGCAGGCUGUGUUUCAACGAAUUGCUGGUUACCGGCCAUCGGAGCCGAUAACAGCCGGCAUUUAUCGAUCGCACGCAGGCGUGAUAAUGGCCAGUUUGCUGGCGGUGCAGUCGGUGAUCAUGCAGGGGAAGAACUCGUUCGAGCUGUACGGCUACGAUACACUUCUCGACGAGGAUCUGACGCCUUGGUUGCUCGAGGUGAACGCCUCGCCGGCGUUGACCGGCACCGACAGCCACGAUUAUCGGCUCAAGUUCGACCUCGUCGACGACGCGCUCAACGUGCUGGACCUCGAGGCUCGUUUCUCCGCCAGCGAGGCCAGAAUCGGCGGCUUCGACCUCCUGUGGAACGACGGCCCCGUGUGGACUCGUUGUCCAAAUCCGUCUGUUUGCGGCGACGGCGGCGGCGGCGGCGGCGGCGGCGACCGACCAUCAACAACACCACCACCAUCACCCACCAUCAUCCACCACCUUCGAAAGCUCAACGUUUUCCUCGGAGCACGGAACGACGACAGGGUUGAACAAUUGCGUCGGCUCGGCGAAUGCUUGGAGGAAAAGAAGAUUGCAGCAGGCUGCAGAAUAUUGCCCGGAUAUUCGCGAAAG